UCCAAGCCCUCGUCGCUCGAAAUCGACAAGUCACAGCCACAGGAUUUCGAUGGCGAGCUGGCGACGAACAACGAGCUGCCCUCGGCCGAGGUGCAGAAGAUGAUUGAGAACUACAUUGUGCUGGAUCGCCAUGGCAAGUCGAAGACGUUUAAGAGCCUGUACAUGGGCGAGAACAAGGCUAGACGGGUGCUCGUCAUCUUUAUUCGGCAUUUCUUCUGUGGCAACUGCCAAGAAUACCUCCGCACUCUCUCCGAAGCCAUCACCCCUGAUUCUCUCCUCCGACUACCCAUCAGCACCUUCAUCACCGUUGUGGGGUGCGGUGACCCCGGCCUAAUCGACAUGUAUGCCAAAGAGACGGGCUGCCAGUUUCCCAUAUAUACCGACCCGACCCGGUCACUGUUCGACGCUCUAGGCAUGGUCAAGACGCUUCAGAUGGGCACCAAGCCCGCAUACGCAAAGAAGAGCACGUCAAGAGGAAUCUUUGACAGCAUUGUGCAGGGCCUAAAGCACGUACCCAAGGGCCUGGCUCUCAAGUCUGGCGAUCACCGCCAGGUGGGUGGCGAGUUUCUCUACGAGCCAUUCCAGGUCGCGACGCCGAUUUCAACACCGACGCAAGAGCAGCCGCCCAAGUUUGGAUCGCUUGCUGAGCCGGCAACCAACAAGGACAAAAUCGAGGACGAGCGGGCCGAGGAUAAGAGGAUUACGUGGUGCCACAGGAUGAAGAACACGAGAGAUCACGUAGAGCUGCCUGAGCUGAUGGAGGUGCUGGGCCUGGACGACACAGCCCACAAGCCUGUGGUUAAGCACGAAAAGGACGAGAAGAGGUGGGAGGAGGCGACGCGGAGCAGAAAGGGCACGGGGGUGACAAUGGCCCCUGAGAUGAAGAGGCUGAGCCUG